GGAGACUAUAAUGAAACAAAUGAUAUUAACAAAUAACAAUAAUGUUUUUUAAAAAUAUAUAAAACAAGCCGAUUUUCGCUCGAAGAAAAAAAAAAAAAAGAGAGAGAGAAAAAAAAAAUUACGUGUCUUGAAUGGGCAGAAUCUUUCCCGUUUCCAGAGGGGUGGCUAACCUGUGCAGUUGCCAGUUAUUACAUUUCUUUAAGAGCCCUGCGUUUCGUUCUCACAGGUGUGACCUUCACAGACCCAGGAGGAAGGGUUAUGCCCCAGACGGGAAUAGACGCUUCAUCAGAAUGCAGCUGCCGUUCCUCCUGUGCUGCACCCUGGCGACCGCCACCGCAACCAUUAUACUUACGCGCGCUGUGGUACCAGACCGUGUGAUUCGCCUCCGCAACCUCGAUUGCGCGUCUGACCUCGGCGAGAGGGGCGUGUGCAUGUUCGCGUGGCACUGCAGCGCCUCUGGCGGCACCCACCUGGCGACGUGCGUGGACGGAUUUUUCUUUGGAUCCUGUUGUCGUCUGCCGGCCGAAAACGCGACAGAGGAACCUGUCAAAAACAAAACACAGUUAAGCGUGACCUCCGACCCACCCGGGAUCCCCGACGCCGCGUCGACGAUUCCAACGACUCCUCACACAAAGGCCAAACCACCGCUGGAAGAGCCGGCUUCUACGUCACCUGCGCUGCCCAACCUCCAAGAGUCUUCUGCAACGACACUCCCGACCCAAGAGCCUUUUACAACGACCCUGUCGAUCGAAGAGACGGCUACAACGACCCUUCCAGAAUCAGUCGAGACGACCCUAUCUAUCAGAGACUCUACGACAACACUCCUGACCCAAGAACUUUCCACAACGACCCUCGCUACACAAGAGCCCAUUAAGACGACGACCAUAGAGUCCACAACGACCAAUCUGACUCAGGAAGUUUCAACCACGACCUUCCCAACUAAAGAAGUUUCAUCCACGACUCAGGAGUCCCCCACGACAAUCCUCACGUCCCAGGAGUCCACCACGACGGCCUCCUCAACUGAGCUUCCGGAAACUGUCUUGUUUUAUGAGCCGUCUACCGUCCCGCCCAAUGACGAGACUCCUGACGAAAAUGUUCAAAUUGCGAACGAGUCUCAGCCGGAGGCGCUGGACGAGGUUCACCAGCAGUCCACAGGAGGGUCUCAGCCAGAAACCACAGAAAAGGGUGAGCAGGAGACCACCGACAAGACUAAGCCAGAAACCACAACCAUCAGUCAGCAAGGGACAACAGGAGAGAUCGAAAAAGAAGUCACAGGCGAAACUCAGCAAGGUACCACAGACGUUAUCCAACAGGAAACCGCCGAGAUGGUCGAACAGGAACUCCUAAAAAAUCUCAGCAGUGCACAUCACGAAGACGUGUGUGGCAGGCCAUUCUCCCGCAAUGCAAGGAUAGUCGGAGGAAAUCGGGCCUCCUUUGGCGAAUGGCCUUGGCAGGCAUCUAUCAGAGUGUGGCGAGGACACACGAAUAUACACGUGUGCGGCGGCGCACUGUUGACCAGCCAAUGGCUCGUCACUGCGGCGCAUUGCAUCUACAGUCAGAAGGCCAACCAGGUGACUGUGGUUCUGGGCGAGCACGACUUGGAGACUGUCGAUGAACCUUACGCCUUCAUCAACAGCAGAGUCGAGACGGUCAUCCAGCAUCCGUUCUUUAACUCUAGGAAUUACGAAUAUGAUAUUGCAUGCUCAGAGAAGGGAAUAAGAGAUCAUGAUAAAUCCCGAAAUUCCAGGCUUCGUGAUCCAGUUGCGUUCCAGCCGAAUAUACUGCCCGUGUGUCUACCCAAGGAGGAUGACGACCUUGUGGGAGAAACAGGCGUGGCCACAGGAUGGGGAAGGCUCUACGCAAGAGGACCCCUACCAUCCGUCCUUCAGAAGGUGGAGCUCCCAAUCGUCAGCAACGUGAAGUGCACAGACAUGUUCUUGGAGGCUGGCUACAAGGAGCAUAUCCCAGACAUCUUCCUGUGUGCGGGAUACAAGGAGGGAAAGCAAGAUACUUGUGAGGGCGACUCGGGUGGUCCUCUGGUGGUGUUCCGCGAAGGCGUGUGGACCCUCGCCGGAAUCAGCUCGUGGGGCAAAUCGUGCGCGAAACCCAACCAGCCAGGCGUUUACACUAGAGUUUCGAAGUUCAAAGACUUCUUACAGAGAAUCAUACAUUCCACAUGACAGACAAGUAUUUAAUGAUUCCUAACUUUAUUCUUAGUCCUACAUGCAUUGAGCAUUAUCAACAAAUCAAAGAAAACGUUAUCAACAGAAAACGAAACCCGACUUGGAGACAUUAAAUAUUUUUUCUUAAAUAAACCAAUCGUUAGGAACAAUAACCUGUAGUUGCUCAUAUUUCUUAAUUAAGAAUUACCUUCCUCGAUUUUCUUUUUACUGCCAAAGAAGUGAGCUAAAGUUGAAGGGCAUUGUUGUUUUUUAAGCAUUUCCUGGUUCUGUACAAUGUAGCAUUUCUGCAUUUAUGUUAUGCAUUCCUUUGUUGUGAUAAUCGUUAUAACAAUCAUUAUAACGAUAAUCUAAUGGCAACAUUACUAUUUUUAUACGCAUUUUCGUUGUUAAUGUUUACAUCGUUAUUAUCAUUAUCAUUAUGAUCAUCAUCAUUUACUACCGAUAUCAUCAGCAUCAUUAUCUUUGUCAUUGCUAUUCAU